GCAGCACCUUAGCUGCAUUUGACACUUCUAGCCCGACACAAGCUAAUGUUCAGUAUGUCUGAGAAGGAGCUGGGAAAAAAGUGGGACCGAUGCCUGGCUGACGGUGCCAUUAAGAUCGGUACCGGGCUGGGGUUAGGAAUCGUGUUUUCUGUUCUGUUCUUCAAACGGCACACGUGGCCUAUUUCCCUGGGCUCAGGAGCAGGACUUGGGAUGGCAUAUGCCAACUGUCAGAACGACCUGCGGUCACAUUAUAUGCUGCAAAGAAGUGAAAAGGAGCAGUAGCUGCAACUCAGAGGGACUGUCUUUUUUAUUUUUUUGCACUUGUUUGUUUUGUCUGUGGGAGAGUCACCAUUUGCACUGUUCUGCAGUAAGAUCCCGUCUCCCUGUUGAACGAUCCAUCCCUAGUAUGACUCUGUAUGAUUUGUUUGUGCCUGAUCAGGACAGUCUGUGUUUAUUUAAUAAAAUAAUCAAAUGUUUC